GCGGACUUAUAACGUUUGAAUUCCCUCUCCAACGGUCAAAAAGAAAAAGCUCCGAAGACAGAAACAUCCUCACUUCAUCUUCAAGAAUUCUCUCCACUAAAUCCUCUAAAAACCAUUUCAUCACUACUUAUAUUCAAGAAUUACAUCAAUUCUCUCCCUCUCUUAAAUUCCUCUUGUAAAGCUUUGCAAUUCAAAAAUAAAAAAUGAGUGUUCUGCAACAAUACCCAGAAACAAUGAACUCAAAAGAUCUUCAAAUUUGGAAUAAUGCAGCAUUUGAUAGUGGAGUAUCCGAAAAUUCCACAAUAAACUCAAAAGAUGUUAAUUUUUCUUGGUCUAAUAUGAAUCCCUUAUCUUCAAUCAAUCUCUCUCAAUCUCUUGAAUCUGAUUCAAUUAAAGAGAAUCAGAGCCCUUCAAUGGUAGACUCCUCUGUUUCUGUGAAAUCUUUAUCCGUCAUUACGCCGCUGCAAGCUAAUACAGUGAUUGCAAAUACCCAACAAAAACCCAUUUGUAAGAUGGGUGUUUCAGAAAAGAAGAUUCAUGAGAUUGUGAAUCAAGAUUUUCCGGAGGAAAGAGAUAUUGAUUUCGAGAUAGAGGAGAUUGAGAAGGAGAUUAAUCGGUUGUCGUCGAGAUUAGAGUCGCUUCGACUCGAAAAGGCGAAGAGAAAUGCUAAGAUGAUGGAGAAAAGAGGCAGGAUUAUAGCGGCUAAGUUCAUGGAUCCACCAAAACAGAGCAAUAAAAGCUUUAAUGAGCAGAGCAAGAUUGAAGAAUCAAUGAGUUUGAGUGCCAAAUUGAAGACACCUAGAAGGGGAUUAAGCAUGGGGCCGGCGGAGAUCAUGAGAGGAGUGAGAAGGGGCAUUAGUCUUGGCCCGGCAGAGAUUUACUCGGCGACGAAAUUGAAGCAGUUUGGUAAGCAGGAGAUGACCACCCCUGUACAAAAGAGUGCAAAUAGGAGAAAAUCAUGUUAUUGGAAAUUACAUGAUAUUGAUGAGUUGAGAGUUACAAAAGAGAGAGGAAAAAGCAUGAGCCUUAGUCCGAAAGGGCGGUCGAAAACUGGUUCAAAAGCACAACAGGUGCCAAAGCAAGCUGCAACUACUGUUGGGGCUAAGAAGACAAUGAAAAAAGAAGAUGCAGUUAUAUCUUCAAUUCAACCAAAGAAGCUUUUUAUAAGAGAUGGUGAGAAAUCGGCACCAGGUAAGAAGCCAUUGAAGAGUGGUAGAGUGAUUUCUAGUAGGUAUAAUCAGGGUACAAAUGGAGGGAAUUCAGCAGUGAAAGACCUCAGGAAGAGAUCAUUACCUGAAACUGAGGAAGAACUGAAGAGGACAGAUAAGAAACGCGUUUCUUUGACUGAGAAAUCUCAGAGAGGAGAGCAAUUAGCAACAGAAAGUAGGGUAAAAAAGAGGUGGGAAUUUUCAAGUGAGCAAACAAGUGUUGAUCAUAGUAAAACCCAAUUAUCUGUGUCAAAAGUGCUUGAUAUGGUUCCAAAAAUAAAGAAUCAGCGUUGCACGAAUGAGAGUCCGAGAGAUUCUGGUCCGGCAAAAAGGGUAUCUGAGUUAAUUGGGAGGAAAUCCAUCUUCAGUACGGAGGAAGAUGAUGAUUGUGUCAUUCAGGCUUUGAGUUUUGCUGAAGAACAAGUUAUCGAAGAAUGUCCGAAAAUUAGGAUUGUUCGGCGGGUUGAUGAGAGUCCACGAGAUUCUGGUGCAGUAAAGAGAGUGUCUGAAUUGGUUGGAAGGAAGUCAUUCUUUAAUGAGGAUGAAGAUGAGAUGCCAGUGUUUAGUUUUGAAGAGGAACAUUGUGAAGAAAAUUGAAAAGUGGGACAUGGAAAUUUCUUUUUGAUCAUCUUGUUUGAAUAAUGUGAAUGUUGAUUGGCUUAUAUUGAAUUCUGGAAUUGCAAGUAAGCUUGCUCUUGUUACUUACAAUUUGGUUGUAAUAGUUACUAUGAAUUGUGUGAUUUUACUGUCAAAUAAAUUUUUUUGGUUGCUCAAGUGAGCAGAUAAAUUGUUGUUUUUUGUUGCCUAGUUGUUCUAUCUAAAACAUAGUUUAGCAAUUCUGUGAA